AUGCCGGUCACGCUGAUCUUUGAUGCUCAAUCACGCCUGUACGCUAAUGCCGCCGCCGAGGAGGACCCCGUAGAGGGUGAGGAUGUUGACGGACAGGUGGAGACCGGCGAGGUGACGGAAGUGGACGACUCUUCGUCUGUUGAUGGACUUAAGCCCUCGCCUGAUGUUGACGUGACGGUCUUCUUCACUAAGCCGGCUGGAAAUGGAUUCGAAUUGCCCGUCGGCAAGGAGGUGCACUUUUUGGUGGGCGUCCAGAAUAAGGGCUCAAAGGACAUUGUGGUGGACUCGAUGGACGCCAGCUUCCGAUACUCGGCCGACUUUAGCUUCUACCUGCAGAAUUUCACCGCCGUUCCCUACAACCGCCUGGUCCGACCGAAGCAAGAGGUGACCCUUUCCUACCAGUUCUUCGUCGCCGACUUUUACACGCCACGUCAGUACGGACUGAAUGUGAACCUGUACUACCGAGAUGCAGAGAAGCAAUACCUGAGCCCGGUCUUCAAUGAGACCAUCAGCAUCGUCGAGCUCGAUGAGGGCCUCGACACGGAAACCUUCUUCCUCUUUAUCGUCCUCGCGGCGCUCGCCGCUCUCGGCCUGGUCGGCGCCUACCAACUGCUCGGCAACUUUGGCAAGAAACACAUUGUCAGCUCGUCCUCGAGUAAGCCCCGAGUCGAGGUGGGCACAUCUGCUCACGAUGAUGUCGACUACGACUGGCUGCCACAGGAGACCAUCAAGCAACUCAACAAAUCGCCAAACGCAGCCAAGCCAAACUCUCCCCGUCAGAGGAGAACCACCAACAAGAAAGAGUAA